GGCGGCGCUCCUACCGGGACGCGCGGGCCGGGUAUGGCGUCGAUGGCGGCGGCGAUCGCGGCCUCGCGCUCGGCCGUCAUGAGCGGGAACCGGCCGCUGGACGACCGGGAGCGGAAGCGCUUCACCUACUUCUCUUCGCUGAGCCCCAUGGCCAGGAAGAUCAUGCAGGACAAGGAGAAGAUCCGGGAGAAGUACGGGCCCGAGUGGGCGCGGCUGCCGCCAGCGCAGCAGGACGAAAUCAUCGACCGCUGCCUGGUGGGGCCGCGCGCCCCGGCGGCCGCCGCCGACGCGGGGGACGUGCGGGACCCGGCGCGCUUCCCCGGCCUGCGGGGGCCCACGGGCCAGAAGCUGGUGCGCUUCGGCGAUGAGGACAUAACUUGGCAAGAUGAACACUCGGCCCCAUUCUCCUGGGAGACAAGGAGUCAGAUGGAAUUCAGCAUCUCCUCCCUAUCCAUCCAGGAGCCCAGCACAGCCACUGUGGCCAGUGACGCCAGGCCCCUGGCCAAGGCUCCUCAGAGCUCACAGGGUUCCAAACCUGCCCAGAGCAGCAGAUCCUCCAGCCUGGAUGCCCUGGGACCAUCUCGAAAAGAGGAGGAAGCGUCCUUCUGGAAGAUCAAUGCCGAGCGCUCUCGGGAGGGGCCCGAGGCUGAGUUCCAGUCCCUGACACCCAGCCAGAUCAAGUCCAUGGAGAAGGGGGAAAAGGUUCUGCCAGCUUGCUACCGCCAGGAGCCCACCACGAAAGACAGGGAGGCCAAGCCUGUGCCACAGGAUCAGCAAACCCUCCCCAGUGUGAGCGGAGAGAGAGAGGUGCCCCAGCCAGUGCAAGCCCCUGCCAGCUUGCUGACCAAGGCUAUCCCCACAGAGUCCCCAGAGAAGCCACCACCUCCUGCCGCCCAGCAGGACUUGGACGAUGAUGCUCUGUUCUCAGAGCCUGCACUUGCGCAGAUCAGCUCCAGUAAUGUCCUCUUGAAGACAGGCUUUGAUUUUCUGGACAACUGGUAAAUGGUGCUACCCAGAAACACAGCCAGGAGCCCUCCCGCGCGGCCCGCCAUGGUGUUCAGAGAAGGCAGCACUGCCUGCGUAUCUUCCCGCGUAUCUUUCCGCAUAUCUUCCCGUUUUCUCUACUCCUUUCUUAGUCUUUUUGGAAACUAGGAAAUGUUGCCAGGUUUUCCCUGGUUUUGGUAAAACCGAAUAGAUAAAUAUGCUAUUUUCAAUGAUUUGAUAACAAGUUUUACACUUGGGAUUUUUAAACACUAGGAACCCAGUAAGCCUUGUAAAUAAAACUUCUGUUCCCAGCUCCGUCCCACCUUCCCUCCAACAAGGUUCCCUGACCAAGUCACAGAAGGUCGCAAAAGCGACUCUUUCUCCUCACUUCCUGUUGAGGGCUCCCUGGGUGGAUAUGGACUGUUGGCUGUCACUGUGGAAGAACUCAUCCUUAAAAAAAAAAAUGUGCUUACCUGUGCUUCACGGAAACCAGGUUUAGCAUUACACAUCCCUCCCCUCCAAAUGCAUAGGAAGCAGACUACGGGCAGGUGGCAGGUGCCCUCUGAGCUGUCCUGGUGACUUACUCAGAGCUCUGAUCGCCGUUCAAAGCAGCUGCCUAUUACAUCCAAUUCCCAUUGUCGUAUAUAGAGCUGCGUCAGGUUCCUUGGCUCUGUAGGAGAUUCCUUUGGGAAGUUAUUAAGACCGUCCCGCUAGCAUCCCAGUCCUGACCACGGUAGGAGUCAGGGUGGUGACAGCUGUGCCGGACAUCAGGGCUCUUCUGAUUCGCUGAGGUAGAACCUCCCAGGCUUGAGCAUCCUUCACCCCAGUCGGGUCUGGCUGUAUUGUGCAGGACACGCCCCCAGACCUGACCUCAUUUCAAGUGCAAGGGGGCUUUCAUGGUGGUUCCGGAAGCCUCCCCUUGCAGCCCCGAGAGCUCACAGCAGCAAGGCUGGGUGAGGAGCAUGUGCCUCACCCAGAGUUUGAUGCCCUCACCACCCUGCCAUGGCCUCUGGAGCCCCAUGCACCUACAGGAUGCCCAGCAAAUCUGUGAGCUCAGGGUGGUGUGGUCUACGCUUUGCUAUCACUCCGUUCUCCUCACCCGAAGCCUUAAUCUCCAGGAGCCCUCCUCUGAGAGCCUGGUUUCAGUACUGCAAGCUGUAGCCUCCUUAAUGCCUGAAGUAGCUUCUGGAAUAUUCUAUGUAGCUCCAAGGAAAAGCACGUGGCAACCCCCCACCCUCACCCCGGCCAUUCUCCCCUCCUCUAAGAAGACAUGCCAAAGCUGUACUUAGCCAUUAUUGAUGUGAUACCUGCCAAUUAGCUUGUGUCCCGAACCUCCCUCGGCCCCAGCCUGUACUAAGGUUUGCCUUCCUCUAGCAACUUUUGAUGGAGUCAUCUUUCCGCAUUGUUUGUAGGGAGUUGAUACAGAGGAAGAAUUGAAGCCUGUGCAACAGUGUUUUCCCUCCCUGUGAGUCUAGCUCCAUAGCAUUGGAGUAGCAAGAGGGGACUCUCAGCUGUGUGUAGGCAGUCUCAAGGAGUCCUCUGAAGAGCAGGUGGGAAGUCGAAGAUGGGGAGUCUAGGAGGGAUCCUAUAGGACCCGCCUGACCUGGGGAUUGUCCUUGCGCCUGGGUGGAGUCCAUACCACGCUGGCUUCUUGGUCUCCCCCAGGGAACAUGUGUCAGUGACCAGGAAAUCAGAACUGUAUUUAUCAUUUUCCCUUCCUCCAUACAUCAUGAUGACGUACGUUCAUUAUUCUCUGAAGCACAUUCUUUGGCUGAAGCCACUGUAUGAUGCUGGGCUCUGCCACCUGCCCAGACUCAGCACCUGGGAGGCAGCUCCAGGGCUCUGCGUCCUGCUCUUUCUUGGUGGCUGUGUUCAACAGAAGCUCUCAGGAACCCAGGCUCUGCGUGCCUGGUUUGUCCGUCCCUGAAUCCCAGCCCUCUGGGUUGGAUCCGACCCUGUCAGGGGCAGUGGAGUCUGCCUCCUGGCCAGGUGCACGCCUCCUCGGGCCAGUGUGGGAGUGGCCUUCCAUUCUUCACUCCGCCCUCUCUUUGCUACAUACUUUCGAAAUGGUAAAUUCUUACUGACAACUUGUAAUUUGGUCCUAUUUUAUAUUCUAGCCUUUAAUAAAGCCAUUUUA